GUAUUUAGUAUUUUUUUUUUCAGGUUUACUUUUAUGACAUAAAUGAAACAAUUGAUGAGAUACCUAUCAAAACUUUACAUAUACUUGAAGCAGAAUUUCUUAAAUUAAAAUGUGGAAUUCUGCAUUGUGGUUUGAGCAAUUUAGUUCCUUUAGGUGCUUCAGAUGGAAUAUGGCCUAAAUUUAGUUGUGAUCGUCUGAUUGAAGAAUUAAAAAAAUAUCCUUCAGUAUAUUUCUUAAAUCAGGGAAAGAAAAAUGAUAUUGCAUUAGGAGAAAUAUGGGUCAGAGUCAUAGACAUCCCGCGAGCUUUAGAACCAAUACGUGCACAUUGGACAAAUAUAAACAGAUUUAUGAUAGAACAAGGUUUUGCUUUAAGUAAAAAACAAGUUAAAAUGGAUGGCGAAUAUUCAACAAUACGCUCUCAAUCAGAACCAGAAUUCAAUUACUCUAGUGUAUCUAAAGAAAAUGAUGAAUUUGUUAACUCUUGGAUGCCUCCUAAUCGUUUGGUUAAAUCUCAAUUUAAUGCUAUUGUGACAAAUGUUGAUUUGGAAUGCCAUAUCAACUUUCAAAUUUUGGACGACGAAACUCCUCAAUCACUACAGCUUGUUAAGGACGAAUUGAAUUACAUAUUUUCUAAUAGCCAACCUGAACCAAUAAAUAUGGAAUGGAGUCGAGGACAGUCGGUUAUAGUUAAAUACUAUCAAGACAAUAAGUGGUACCGAGGAACAAUAUUAAAAAUAAAUGAAAAUGGAGAGUUUACCGUACAGUUUUACGAUUACGGCAACAUCGAGACGUGUACGCACAAAGAACUCCGGUCGACCUUGCACACGACCGAAGUGCCCCAACUGUGUCACAGGGGAUUCUUCAGUGCCAUUUUGCCGAUUACGAAAAAUGGGAAAUGGCCGAUACCGUGGCUCGACCAUAUACACAACUUAAUCGUCGAUAAAACGUGCCGUAUGACGAUCGACGAGAAUCUGUCGACCGACGACGUCUAUGCGAUCAAGUCCUUAAAAAUAGUUGAAGACAAUAUUGACGUGUUUCAAUAUCUGGUGACGGAAAAAAUGGCGUACUUCGAAUACGUUUCGUCGUCGAUCAUUGAUCUGGUGGAUACAGACGAAAUAAAUAAUGGUGACGCAGCCGACGACACUAAAUGUGACGGGGCCAAUGACAACAUUAGCAACGCGACAUACGACAACGGUCACGAUGACUGUACGACGUACGUCGAUGGCGGAUCGAUCUACGACAGCGGCGGGCUGACUUACGGCGAGCGUAGACAAUCCUACGACGACGGUGGUAGACAGACCUAUGACGACGGUGUGGCGCCAGCGAACGUGGUAGCCGAAGAGCGGCGGGCGACCAGCGUUGGUGCGCCGGACGCAUCGGUGGUGAUAUUGGACGAGGACGACGGUGAGGAAUCCGAUUAUUCAAAGUUCUGUCUGGAACGCAACGAAGUGGUCGAAGGCACCAUGUGCCGCAUCACCGGACCCACUAGCCUCACGUUGGUGAUCACCAAAAUUGGUGGUGUCGACCUGAUCGUCGCCAAGAACAACAUGCACAAAGUAAUGUCCGACAAAUGCAGCACCUUGCCGCCGCCCAACCACAUAAAACCAGGCACUGCUGUCAUUGUUUAUCACAACGUGCUGUGGAGACGCGGUCUCGUUGAAGACGGCGGAAACUCGGUAUUUCUGGUCGACUUUGGCAUGUCCAUCAAGCUGGUAAAAAAAAACGUGAGACGGUGUAUCGCGGAGUUUUUCGAAUUGCCGAUGUUCACGAUCGACUGUCGGCUGGAAAACGUCAGGCCGAGCGACGACGCCGAUGCCAAAGACGUCGUUGACAAACUGUCGAAAACGCUGAGGGGCGUCAGUUUAAAAAUCAUCGGAAUCAGCGAAUCGGACGACGGCGACAUCGUCGGCGUGGAGUUGUAUAACAGAAAAGAAGAAAUUGCAUACCAGUCGCUGAUCGACGCCAAAUUGCUGAUUCCCGCCGAGUGAUGAGUUUUUAAUUAACCGUCCGCAAUAACGCGUCUUCCAGUGCGCGUUUGUACACACAUUUUUAAUUAGAUUUUAAGUUAAAGAUUAAUAGACAAUUUAAUUUAUUUGAUUUAACGAAGUUAAAUAUAACUUACAGGGUGAAUGUGCUAUAGCUAUAAUAUAUAAUUAUUAUACUCUCGGUCGGUCUUGCGAUAUAUUUAUUACGGGUGGGGCUAUGUAAGAUCGACCGAAAGCCUCGCGUAAUCUUAAAUAUUGUGAUGUGCAAACAAAAGUUAACUAUUACUACCCGCUAUAUAGGUAUAUAUUUUGUUACUUUUUUACUUUCGCUAUUGUCGAUAAUGUAUUAUUAGUUUUUUAAAACCUUACUACAACUAUCCGUUGUGUGUGAUUCGUUCGAAGGACAUCGAACUAAUACAUAUCGACACAGUUUUUACACACAGUAUUUUGUUAAAUUAUAUUUUACUUUUGUUCUAAUGUUUUUUUUUUUUCAUAAAGUUUAUUAGUCGAAAAUUCGAUUAUUUUUAAGGUUUAUCGCGGCUCAUUUCCCGCUUUACUGAAAAAGAAUGAAAACGUUUAAUAUUUUUCAAUAAAGAAACUUUCUCAUA